GGCUUGCUGCGGGCUGGGGGCUGCCUCACUCCCGGGUCAUGUCGGCCCAGGGCGACUGCGAGUUCCUGGUGCAGCGCGCCCGCGAGUUGGUGCCCCAGGACCUGUGGGCAGCCAAGGCCUGGCUCAUCACCGCCCGCAGCCUCUACCCGGCCGACUUCAACAUCCAGUAUGAGAUGUACACCAUCGAGCGGAACGCAGAGCGGACCGCCACCGCUGGAAGGCUGCUGUAUGACAUGUUUGUAAGUUUCCCAGACCAGCCAGUGGUGUGGAGAGAAAUCAGUGUCAUCACAUCGGCAUUAAGGAAUGACUCACAGGAUAAGCACACCCAGUUUUUAAGAAGCUUGUUCGAAACUCUGCCGGGUCGGGUCCAGUGCGAGAUGUUACUGAAGGUCACGGAGCAGUGCUUCAACACGCUCGAGCGCUCCGAGAUGCUGCUGCUGCUCCUGAGGCGCUUCCCCGAGACGGUGGUCCAGCACGGGGUCGGCCUGGGGGAGGCAUUACUAGAAGCCGAAACAAUUGAAGAACAGGAGUCGCCUGUUAACUGCUUUAGAAAACUGUUUGUUUGCGACGUCCUUCCUCUGAUCAUUAACAACCACGAUGUGCGCUUGCCCGCCAACUUGUUGUAUAAAUACUUGAACAAAGCCGCAGAAUUUUACAUCAACUACGUCACUAGGUCGACGCAAGUAGAAAAUCCAGGUACCCAAGAUGCAUCUGAUUUAAUGUCACCUAGCAAACGUAGCUCUCAGAAGUACGUAAUAGAAGGGCUGACUGAAAAAUCCUCCCAGAUUGUGGACCCCUGGGAUAGGCUGUUUAAGAUUUUGAAUGUUGUUGGCAUGAGGUGCGAAUGGCAGAUGGAUAAAGGAAGACGGAGCUAUAGCGACACCCUGCACAGGAUGAGGGAACUCUGCAGGUACAUGAACAACUUCGACAGUGAAGCCCACGCAAAAUAUAAAAACCAGGUGGUCUAUUCCACGAUGCUGGUCUUCUUUAAGAAUGCAUUCCAGUAUGUCAGCAGCAUCCAGCCGUCUCUCUUCCAAGGUCCUAACGCCCCGAGCCAGGUGCCUCUGGUUCUUCUUGAAGAUGUAGCAAAUGUGUACGGUGACGUAGAGAUUGAUCGGAAUAAACACAUCCAUAAGAAGAGGAAGCUGGCCGAGGGGAGAGAGAAGACCAUGAGUUCAGAUGAGGAGGACUGCUCCACCAAAGGACGGAGCCGGCACAUCAUAGUCAAUAAAGCCGAGCUCACCAACUCCGUCGAAGUGUUGGAAAGCUUUAAACUGGCCCGAGAGAGCUGGGAGUUGCUCUACUCCCUGGAAUUCCUUGACAAAGAAUUUACGAGAAUUUGUUUGGCAUGGAAGACCGACACUUGGCUGUGGCUCAGAAUCUUCCUCACCGACAUGAUCAUCUACCAGGGUCAGUACAAGAAGGCCAUAGCCAGCCUGCAUCACCUAGCAGCCCUCCAGGGAUCCCUUGCUCAGCCCCAGGUGACAGGACAAGGCACUUUAGAGCACCAGCGGGCGCUCAUCCAGCUGGCAACGUGUCACUGUGCCCUUGGGGAGUACAGAAUGACGUGUGAGAAAGUCCUCGACCUGAUGUGCUACGUGGUCCUCCCCACUCAAGAUGGAGGCAAGUCGCAGGAAGAGCCCUCGAAAGCAAAGCCCAAGCUUAGAAAAGGUUCGGAUCUGAAGCUCCUGCCCUGCACCAGUAAGGCGAUUAUGCCAUACUGUCUGCAUUUGAUGUUAGCAUGCUUUAAGCUCAGGGCUUUCGCAGACAUCAGAGACGACAUGGCGCUGGGGCAUGUGAUUGUAUUGCUUCAGCAGGAGUGGCCUCGGGGAGAGAACCUUUUCCUGAAAGCUGUCAAUAAGAUCUGCCAGCAAGGGAAUUUCCAGUAUGAGAACUUUUUCAAUUACGUUACAAACAUUGAUAUGCUGGAGGAGUUUGCAUACUUACGGACCCAGGAAGGAGGCAAGAUUCACCUGGAGUUACUCCCCAAUCAAGGCAUGCUCAUCAACCAUUGCAGACCUUUUGGGUGGUCCCUCCAGAUGAGUGGCAGAGAUGUUGUGAGCAGUGUACAGAUCCUCCCCCUGGGGCCUUCUAGCCCUCCCAUGGGGUUGCUGCAGCAGGAAUUCUUACCUGUGCUUCAGCCCAGCAUGCAGACUGCUGACAGGCACCACACGGUCACCCGGGGCAUCACCAAAGGGGUGAAGGAGGACUUCCGCCUGGCCAUGGAGCGCCAGGUCUCCCGCUGUGGUGAGAACCUGACGGUGGUGCUGCAUCGGUUCUGCAUCAAUGAGAAGAUCUUGCUCCUCCAGACCCUGGCCUGAGACAUCACGGCCAGAGGUGGCCGCAGCUGGGGGCCACUGAGGGGAGUCACAGCGCUGAGGAACGUGGCUCAGCCAGCGCCCAGAACCAGGAAAAGCACCUGCGCUCUAACCCCUGGGGCCACUUAAAAGUCGUUCCAAGAGUAUGAGGAGUCAAUUCUAUUUUUAAGAGUUUGUUUUGUUUUGUAAUUUUUAUAGGACAUGAGUCAAUCUGCUUUGUAAAUUAAAAAAAAAAUUCUAAAAUCUGAA